UCUUCCUAGACGUGGAAGGUACGAGUCUCGGCCAAUGGUGACACGCCGCCCUAGGAAGAGCAGCCAAUCAGUGGCAAGGAGCUCGGAAAGGAGCUGGGCAGAGUUAGUAGCGGCAGCGCCUGCCAGAAGAGGCCUGGAGACGCGGUACGGAGUGGCGGAGCGCGGCGGCGGGGUUUUGGUAUGAACAGGAUUCGGAUUCACGUCUUGCCAACCAACCGGGGGAGGAUCACGCCAGUGCCCAGGUCCCAGGAACCGUUGUCUUGUUCCUUCACUCAUCGCCCAUGCUCUCAGCCUCGUCUGGAAGGACAGGAGUUUUGGAUUAAGCAUAUCCUCAAGGACAAGAAUGCACCCUUCAAGCAAUGUAGUUAUAUAUCCACGAAGAAUGGAAAGAGAUGUCCCAGUGCUGCCCCAAAGCCAGAGAAGAAAGAUGGUAUGUCCUUCUGUGCUGAUCAUGCCCGAAGGAAUGCCCUAGCGCUUCAUGCUCAAAUGAAGAAGACCAAUCCAGGGCCUAUGGGUGAAACUCUGUUGUGCCAGCUGAGUUCAUAUGCUAAGACAGAGUUGGGCUCUCAGACUCCAGAAAGUAGCCGUAGUGAAGCCAGCCGAAUACUGGACAUGCUGGUGUGUACACAGCAGAAGAAGUGGCCCUGAUUAUGCGUGAAAAGUUAAUUCGUUUGCAGUCUUUAUACAUAGAUCAGUUUAAACGACUUCAGCAUUUGCUUAAGGAGAAGAAGCGCCAGUACUUACAUAACCGCAAAGUGGAACAUGAAGCUCUAG